ACCCCCGCAGCCCGCGGUCCAGCCCCGCCCGCCCGGCCGGCGGAGGGGGAGGAGGCUGGAGCGACAGCCGCCGCCGCAGCCGCAGCAGUAGCCAGAGCAGCGGGAGCCGCCGCCUCGCUGCGCUCGUGUGUGAGUGAUCUCCUCCCUCCCUCCCUCCUUCCCUCCUUUCCCCUCCCCUCCCUUUCGCCCGCCCGGGUCGCGGCGGGGCCGUGGUGUACGUGCAGAGCGCGCAGAGCGAGUGGCGCCCGCCCGCCCUCUUCUCCCCUCCGCCUGCCGGGCCGGGCCGGGUUGGCAGGGCCGCAGAGGCGAGGGCGGCCGCCGCCGCGUAGGUCGCGCGACCCUCGCCUUGGGUCCUCGUUCACCCCUUCCCUACCCUACCCCGCCCCACCCCCCACAGCGAGGAGACGAGAGCCACAGAGCGGCCGAAGGUAACCAUCCGCAGUCCGCGGUGGCGGGGAUCAGGCCGUGAGGCGGCUGCCGGCUGCCGGGUGCCCGGCGGUCGGCGCUGGGCAGGGGCCGGGGCGCCGCGGAGGCGAGGGCCCGGCGGGCUGCCGCGGCGGUGCAUGGCGCAGUAACAGCCGCCUCGGCCGGCCGUCCGCUCGCCGCUCCCCCGGCGUGUGUCCGCCCUCCCGUUACUCCCUCGAGCUCAGCUUGGACCGCCGCCGCCAUGGCCAAUGACAGCGGCGGUGCCGGCGGGCUGAGCCCGAGCGAGCGGGACCGGCAGUACUGCGAGCUGUGCGGGAAGAUGGAGAACCUGCUGCGCUGCAGCCGCUGCCGCAGCUCCUUCUACUGCAGCAAGGAGCACCAGCGCCAGGACUGGAAGAAGCACAAGCUCGUCUGCCACGGCGGCGGGGGAGCCGCCGAGCACGGGCCGGGCGGAGGAGGCCGGCCCCAGCCCCAGUCCCCCGGGGCCUCCCCGCACCCCGCCGCGCAGCCCAAGACCGGCCGGGCCGGGCCCAAAGAGGCCAAGAAAGCGCCGCAGCAGCGCCGGGACACGACCUCCCCGGAGGCCGCCGCCGCGGGCACGGGGGCGGCGCCGCCUCCGCCUCCUGUCCCCGCGGCCGCCCAGGAGGGAGCAGCCUCCUCGGCCAAGGCUGCCGUGGUUUCCGCGGCGGCGCCUCCUCCUCCCUCAGCCGUCAACAACCAGGGGCCGGCGGCGGGCCCUGCGGAGGCGGAGUCCGGAAGGGACGAGUCGCUGGGCCGGUCGCCGCUGUGCCCGGGCGGGUCCGCGUGCCCCCAGCUGAGCCCCCCGGGCUUGGGGCUGAUGCUGAGGCCCAACGGGCAGACGAAGCCGCUGCCGGCGCUGAAGCUGGCGCUGGAGUACAUCGUGCCGUGCAUGAACAAACACGGCAUCUGCGUGGUGGACGACUUCCUGGGCAAGGAGACCGGCCAGCAGAUCGGCGAGGAGGUGCGGGCCCUGCACGACACGGGCAAGUUCACCGACGGGCAGCUGGUCAGCCAGAAGAGCGACUCCUCCAAGGAUAUCCGGGGCGACAAGAUCACCUGGAUCGAAGGCAAGGAGCCGGGCUGCGAGACCAUCGGACGGCUCAUGAGCAGCAUGGACGACCUGAUCCGCCACUGUAACGGCAAGCUGGGCAAUUACAAAAUCAACGGCAGGACGAAAGCUAUGGUUGCUUGUUAUCCAGGCAAUGGAACGGGUUAUGUGCGACAUGUUGAUAAUCCAAAUGGAGAUGGAAGAUGUGUCACGUGUAUAUAUUAUCUUAAUAAAGACUGGGAUGCCAAGGUAAGUGGAGGCAUUCUUCGAAUUUUUCCAGAAGGCAAAGCCCAGUUUGCUGACAUUGAACCCAAAUUCGAUAGACUGCUCUUUUUCUGGUCUGACCGACGCAACCCUCAUGAAGUGCAACCAGCAUUUGCUACAAGGUACGCAAUUACAGUGUGGUAUUUUGACGCAGAUGAGAGGGCACGAGCUAAAGUAAAAUAUCUAACAGGUGAAAAAGGUGUGAGAGUUGAACUUAAUAAACCUUCUGAUUCAAUUGGGAAAGACGUUUUAUAGAGUCUUUGAUCCAGCGACACACCUACAUGGAUGCCGUUCAUUAACUUGUGAAUUUGAAUAAAUGGGAUAAAGGAAGAUAGACAACAAGUCAGCAUUUUAAUAUGGAAACCAAAACAACAUUUUUGUGUUGCAUCAAAAAGAAGAUUUUGACUGCUGUGGCAUUGUACUGUGUGACUGACUCCAAACCUGUGACUGCUUAUUUGAAGAAUAUAAGCGAUUAAAAUUGACAUAUACAUCUGGACAUAAAAUAAGUGCCCUACAUAGAAUUUUUUCAUUAUUAUAUUUUGCCAGACCUAUCAUCCAGCUGAAUCCAGUUCAUCUCUCCCUUUUUUAUAUAGUCAAAUUUGAAUUUGGGGUAAUUUUUGUAUGACCAGGUACAGUUUAUCAAAGUGAAUUGAGUAAAAAUUACAGUAUUAUUCUCCAAAAUAGCAUCAAUCUAUUUUUGUAAACCUCUUCAUAUUGUUAUCCUUUGCCCUAAAAGACCUAAUUUAAUGAUAGUUGCCAGUAACUGAAGAUCACUUUAAUUUUCUUUACAUUUAAAGUCAGAAAAGGAGCACUUUACUUACCAGCUAAAAAUCAGAUUCUUUUGUAGUCAUAUCUUAAACUAAUUUGAACUCUUAAAGAUUGCUACUGUAUUUUUUUACUUUGUCCUUAAUUAAAUUUAACAGGAAAAAAAAUCACUAUUCUACUAUCAGUUAUUUUAUUUUAGUUCAUGUUUUACAAGUUAAAUCCAGAGUGGGAAGGGCUUUAUCUUUUAAGUUAAAUUUUAAAAAUAAUAAUAAUAAAGUGACUGGCACUGAGCUUGAGGCUAUAUCCAGGUUAUCCUUGGCUUUGGGGACGUAGCAUCAAGUUCCUAAGAUAAAAAAGGGCUUUCUUAGGCUUUCAGAUAUACCCUGAAAUUUCCUAUAUGUUUAAAAAGAGAUAUCUCCAUUCCUGAAACUUAGAUGUAUGCAUAUGUUUUCUUCCUAUUAAAUGCCCCACCUGAUCUGCAGAUCAGUAGCACCUUGAUUCUGUUAUAUAGUAUCAAGGGCAAAUUAUGUAUACAUUGAGACUGAAAUGCAUCAUUACAGGCUUAAUGUGCAAUGAACUUUCAGAGUCUUGUUCUGUUGAAGCAUUCCCCAAACAUAACACUGGCCUUUGAUCAGUACUGAAAAAGAUGUACAUUUAGUAAGAAAGUCGAAACGCUUUAGUUUUUAUGUUUUGGUGUUCUUUUUUACUUUUCAGAAAGAGGGAAUGUUACUAAAUCACACAAGACCUCCCUAAACUUCUGUUGUUUAAAGAAUGAAUUGGGAUGGGUGUCUUGGACUUAAAUGUUUUCCUGUGCUCAUUAGCAAAGUCCACAGGGCCGUAUCCACUCUCACAAAUUCUGGGUACACACCUGCCCACUUAAGUUUUCUAUCUCUGUCCUUGAUUUCCUUUGCCAAAACAAUGUGAGUGUACAGAAAUAUUUCUGUAUAUAUUUCAAUUUAUGACAAUUUUAGCAUCUGUAUAGUUUGUAUUCAAUUAGAAACCUUUUCUAUGGAAAGCUCAGUAAUUUUUAUUAAAAGAUUGCUAUUGUUCAUGUAAAACAUGAAAAAAAUUAAUUGUUUAGUGAAACUGACAGUGGGGAGUGGGGUGGGGGUCAACAUUCAGUAUUGUGAUCUCACUUAGGAGAACUUGCAGAAAGAAUUCUAGCUUGUACUCAGAAUUGUUGUUGUCUUUACCAAAUGUGUACCAUUUUUGUUCCUCUUUCCUCCCUUCUUUCCAUAAAUUUGACCCAACACCUCUUCUGUAAGUGCCUCUGCCAACCUGAUCCAGGAGUGCAAGUCAUUUUUGCCAUCUGGUCUGGUCUGCAGUGCAGUGCAUUGCAUUAAGCCACAAUUAAAAAGCGCUACUUUUUUUUUUUAGGUUUACUGGAAGUUAUAUUAUUUUGAUGGGAGGUAUGUUUGAAUUUUAUUUUUAGAUGUAUGUACAGAAAAGGCUUUUAAUUUGUGAGCCCCUUUGUAAUUCAAAUGUAUACUUCUGCAGUUAUGCGAAGUACCAAAUUCUAAUCUCUGUGUAGUGUUUGCCAGACAGAAUUAACACGAUGGUGUAUUUUUUUUUAAUCUGCUUCAUCAUUUUUAUAAAUCAUUAGGAAAACAUCAACAAUUCAGGGCAGCCAUAUUUUCACUAUCUUCUUAGAAUUUCAUAGUGGUAAGACAGUUAACUUGUCACCAGGUAGGACUUUUUAAAAAACUUUAAUGACCUGUUUGUGUUUAAUCCUGGUUAAAGACAAACUUCAUAAUGCUAUUUUUAUUCAUGACAUUAACCAGCUGUAAAACACAGACCUUAAUAAUAGGCAAAGAAUUUCAGGACUCAUUUACAAAUUGCCUAUAGAGUCAUGUAAUUUAAAAAGCAGUGUUUCAUUAUGAAAGAGCUCGCAAGUUGCUUGUAAAGCUAAUCUAAUUAAACAGAUGUAUAAAGGUUCUUGGAAAACUAUAUGGUGAUUUAUUUUCAAAAGUCAUUUUGUUGUUUUUAAAAGCCUGUGUCAUACUAAUGACUUUCUUGCCAGUGCACUUACUUGAUGUGUAGUAUAUAGGUGUUUUUAUUGCCCAUUUGGACUUAGUCCAGUUACUGGUAUUACUAUUUGUAAAUUCAGUUUCUAGUGUUUUUUUGUUUUGUUUUUCAUAUUUGAAGGUUGGAUAACAGGAAAUACUUUAAACUGUAGUGUAUUAGUGGAAACCCACCCCAUGGGAUAAUACUUCUAAGCUUUAUGUUUGAAGGAAGGGGAGUCUACAGACAUAGUUUGGAUACUUAAAUGUUUGUUUUUCCUUGAAAGCAAAGUUAUCCUUGGCUUUUUCACAAGAUUUUUAUAAUUACUAGAUAAUAUUUUUUAAAACAUUUGUUUCUCGGUGUUCCAUAGUGCACUAUUUAAAAUAAAACUACUUCAGAUCACUUA